UCCAGUAAUUUUGUCUGUACCAUGUGACUAUUGCAAUCACGUGACUGUCGUGACGCCAGGAGGUCCUUUAGCAGGAUGGGAUCUAGCCGCAACCUUUGACUAGGUGUCGUGACACAGCUUCCAGAAUAGAAGGGUUUUAUUUUUAUCUUGCCAAUAUUUGAUAUCUGACCUCCAUGAGUGGGCAGAGAGCAACAAAGAAAAAGUAUGGGGAUCUCCAAACAGAACCUCCCACAAGUUGUGGACACACACCUAAACCAACAUGUGCACUUAGCAAGUUCAUUGAGUUGCCAACUCCCCCAUUGUCACGUCAUCAGCUGAAGAGACUGGAGGAGCAUCGGUAUCAAAGCUGUGGCAAAUCCCUCUUGGAGCCCUUAAUGCAAGGAUUUUGGGAGUGGCUGGUGGCACAAGUUCCAACAUGGAUUGCCCCAAAUCUUAUUACGAUAGUGGGACUGUUGAUCAACAUCUUCACCACUGUGAUCUUAGUAUAUUACUGUCCAACAGCAACAGAAGUGGCACCAGUGUGGACAUAUCUCUCUUGUGCUAUUGGACUUUUCAUCUACCAGUCUCUUGAUGCCAUUGAUGGGAAGCAGGCAAGGAGAACCAAUAGCAGCACACCCCUGGGGGAGCUUUUUGAUCAUGGCUGUGACUCUCUUUCUACAGUUUUUGUGGUCUUAGGAACGUGCAUCGCUGUACAGCUUGGGACAAAUCCAGACUGGUUGUUUUUUUGCUGCUUUGCUGGCAUGUUUAUGUUUUAUUGCGCCCACUGGCAAACCUACGUCUCUGGGACUCUUCGCUUUGGAAUAUUUGAUGUCACAGAGACUGAAUUGAGUGUAAUAGUUAUUCAGCUACUCACAGGGACAAUGGGACCUGGGUUCUGGAAUGAAACGGUACCAGUGUUGAACAUACCCGUGAAGCUUGUUCCAGCUCUGUGCACUGUGGCAGGCACUGUUUUCUCCUGUACAAAUUACUUUCGAGUCAUCUUUACGGGAGGUGUUGGGAAGAAUGGGUCCACAAUUGCCGGAACAAGUGUUCUGUCUCCUAUGCUGCAUAUUGGAUCCGUCAUCAUUUUGGCCACCAUGAUCUACAAGAAAUCUGCUGUCCAGCUGUUUGAGAAACACCCGUGUCUUUAUAUUCUAGCAUUCGGCUUUGUUUCUGCUAAAGUGACAAACAAAUUAGUGGUUGCUCACAUGACCAAGAGUGAAAUGCAUUUGCAUGAUACUGCUUUCAUUGGACCUGCUCUGCUUUUCCUUGAUCAGUACUUCAACAGUUUUAUUGAUGAAUACAUUGUGUUAUGGAUUGCACUGGUACUUUCUCUAUUUGAUUUGAUCCGCUACAGUGUGAGUGUCUGCAAUCAAAUAGCUUCUCACCUUCAUAUUGAAGUAUUCAGAAUAAAGAUGGCUGCCACAAAUUCUAACCACCAUUAAGUGACAUAGAAAAUGAAAUUGUAUAAGAGAAGUAAAUGCAUUUCCAAGUAUGAACAUUAAAGGAGAGUCAAAAAUAUUAAUUUAUAACUGUUGUAUAAGUUUUUUAGUAACGCCUUCCCAAAAAACUUGCUAUAAAGAAUUAUGAUAUUACUAUACACUGCUAUAAAAUAUUUUUGACUUGCUAUAAUUCUACAGUCACGCAUGCUGAAAUGGUUUUUCCUUUAGCAGAAAGAUCUGAAGUAUCAAAAAAUGGAAUUUCCCAAAAUGCAGUAUUUUAAGAAAAAAAAAGCCAAAAAAUGUUAUUUUGAGUUUUAUUCCUUUUAAUUUCCCCCACUUUGAAUUUAUUUAAGCUACUUUACCUUAAAAUAGCUUUUCAAAUGAAGACAAAUUUGCAUUACUGACUGUGUUAUAAACUAACUAAAGUCCCAAAUGUAUAAAGUUUGAAGUUAAUUUUCUCUCUGAAAAAAUGUGAUGUGUUUUAUUGCAUAAGAAGUAUGACUUAUGAUGUCAUGGUGCUCUAUGCAUUAAAUUGGCUUAAAAAAUGUAAGAUUGUUUUAUAUUUUUAAUAUUGUCUUCAAUCCUUCUUCCUUUGAAACAAAUAUAAAACUUUACUGUUUUUUGUAUAAAUUUCAAGCUAUAUUUUUUCUCCUUUCAAAUAAACACAUAAAUUAUA